CAUAAACGCAGUGACACUUGCAUUCUAUGUGUGCAUUCGUGUUUGUCGGAUAGAGAGAGAGAGAGUCGAAAUAGAAAGUGAGGGAGCUGGGGGGGAGAGAGGGAGAGAAAGAAAAGGAGGGGGAGUGUGUGUGUGUGUGUUUAAGGUAGCUACUCGUAGAUAAGAAGGAAUAAGAUAAUUGAAGUUGCCGCCAUAUGCUAAGGAUUUUUUGUGAAUGCCUUGCUGAGGAGACACGCUUGUUUUUCCCCCCCCUGUGGAUCCUAAAAUGGGAAGCUCACAUUUGCUGAACAAAGGCUUGUCUUUAGGCAUCCGGCCUCCCAUAAUGAAUGGGCCCAUGCACCCCCGUCCUCUGGUGGCACUGCUAGAUGGGCGGGACUGCACAGUGGAGAUGCCCAUCCUGAAGGACGUGGCCACUGUGGCCUUCUGUGAUGCCCAGUCCACCCAGGAGAUUCAUGAGAAGGUAUUAAAUGAAGCAGUGGGUGCUCUCAUGUACCACACCAUCACCCUGAUGAGGGAAGACUUGGAAAAGUUCAAAGCACUUCGUGUAAUUGUCCGCAUUGGGAGUGGUUUCGAUAAUAUCGACAUAAAGUCUGCUGGCGACUUGGGUAUAGCCGUCUGUAACAUGCCAGCAGCUUCAGUGGAGGAGACCGCAGACUCCACCAUGUGCCACAUCCUCAACCUGUACCGACGCACCACCUGGUUGCACCAGGCUCUCCGGGAGGGCACCCGUGUCCAGAGUGUGGAGCAAAUCCGUGAAGUCGCAUCUGGGGCAGCCCGAAUCAGAGGAGAGACACUGGGGAUCAUUGGCCUUGGGCGUGUUGGACAGGCGGUGGCUCUGAGAGCCAAAGCGUUUGGCUUUAACGUGAUCUUCUACGAUCCAUACCUGUCUGACGGGAUGGAGAGAGCCCUGGGGCUGCAGAGAGUCAACACCUUACAGGACCUUCUCUUCCACAGCGACUGCGUCACCCUGCACUGCAGUCUGAAUGAGCACAACCACCAUCUCAUCAAUGAUUUCACCAUCAAACAGAUGCGUCAAGGCGCAUUUUUAGUGAACACUGCACGUGGAGGUCUGGUGGAUGAGAAAGCUCUGGCCCAGGCUCUAAAAGAGGGAAGAAUACGGGGAGCAGCACUGGACGUCCAUGAGACAGAGCCCUUCAGUUUCAGCCAGGGUCCUCUUAAAGACGCCCCCAAUCUGAUCUGCACCCCCCACGCUGCCUGGUACAGCGAGCAGGCCUCCAUUGAGAUGAGGGAGGAGGCAGCACGGGAGAUCCGUCGAGCUAUUACCGGUCGCAUUCCAGACAGUCUAAAGAACUGCGUGAAUAAAGAGUUUCUCACACAGACCACACACUGGGCCGGCAUGGACCCUUCCGUCGUUCAUCCAGAACUCAAUGGAGCCUAUAGAUACCCCCCAGGUGUAGUAAGUCUUGCCUCAGGGGGUCUCCCUCCACCCGUGGAGGGCAUCAUGCCAAGUACCGUGCCGAUAACCCACAGCCUGCCCUCUGUAGCCCACCCUCCACACGCCCCUUCACCUGGUCAAACCAGCAAACCCGAACCCGAUAGAGAGCAGCAUCCCAAUGAACAGUUGUAGCCCAGCUCUUCAAAGUCUUUCUGUACCACUGUUGAACUCUCCUGGUCCUUCUUUACCCCAAAGAAGAGAAGUGGAAACAGGCUCCCGGGCUUAAAAUCAGCCACUAAAAACACAACCACGACUCUGAAGUAGCCAACUCUUUGACUGAAGGUGGUGGACUGUGCUGUUUGAAGUAUCUAGCAUGGGGGGAAAAAUAAAAUAAAAUCUUGUGGAUUUAAAACAACGUAAACUUCUCCCUAAGUCAAAAACCUGCUGUUUUAGAUUGUUGUCUGUCCAAGUGCAGUGGGCGUUCUUUUAUCUGUUAAUUUGUUUGUCUAAUGGGUUUCAUUGUUAAAACAUCAGUAGCUAUUACAUGAAUGUAACCUGUUUGUGUACAGUUUUUAGAACAUGAACAUGAGAAAACUGAAACCGCAUUAAAGGGAUAGUUCACCCAAAAAAUUAAAUUGUAGUAUUAUACAGUAUGCGUACCCUUGUGAUUUUACAAAAUUUUAUGACAUACUUUCUUCCAUGCAACACAAAAGGAAACCUUUUGGAAAGGGCAGCAUCAACAUUUUUCAUGAAAUGGAAAUUUUCCUUAAAAAAUGGACAUCAGGAUAACUAAUGGAUUACAGGUGGUGGUGGUGUGGUGUCUAAGCACAUAACUGGUAAUCUGGUAAUCAGAAGGAUGCUGGUUCGAGCCCCACAGUCACCACCAUUGUGUCCUUGAGCAAGGCACUUAACUCCAGGUUGCUCCGGGGGGAUUGUCCCUGUAAUAAGUGCACUGUAAGUCACUUUGAAUAAAAGCGUCUGCCAAAUGCAUAAAUGUAAAUGUAAAUGACAGAAUUUGUUUUUUGGGUGAGCUAACCCUUUAAGGGAGGUAUGGUACCACCUAAUAAUAAUACCACAAAAAGUAUAUUAGUUUCACUUGUUUGAUUUUAAAAGCCCCGAAAGAGGCUGGAUUUGCACACCCUCUCAGGAAAAUUUAUUUUCCCCUCCCUUCCUUUUAAAUUAAGCCACUUAGUGCAUUGUUUUUUUGUACCCAUUUGUCUUUUUGUAGUCAAAACUCAGUACAGUAUGUUUUUUUGUUUUUGGAGCAUGCAUUAUGUGAUAUAGGUUAAAAAGAAAAUGGCAAAAUGUUCAGUUUUGGGACAAAAAAACUAACAAACAAAAAAAUGUGUCUUGUGGAAAGCUGGCGAAAUGCUUGCCUGUUUGUGUGUGACUUGAUUGUACCGUGUUUUUUUCAAGGAUGCCGGGAUAGUUGCAGCUCUCCAUCGCCUACAUAGUUUCCUUCCUGGUAAAGUGGUAGGCUAGCAAUAUACAUACUAUAUAUACUAUGAGAUAUUAAUAUUUUUUGUUAAACAGAAUCCAAAAAGAAAUGUUUGUGACUGUAUGCAUUUGUAUGAAUUAUUUUAAAUGAAAUAAAAGUCCAAGUUA